CAGGAGGUUUUAGACGAGCAUAAGAUCAGUCUGAGGAGGAGAUGUGAAUUUGUGACAGAAGGAACUGCUGCAGCAGGAACUGGAACCCUCCUCAACAGGAUCUACACUGAGCUCUACAUCACACAGGGGCGGAGGGAAGAGGUUAAUACCCAACAUGAGGUGUGGCAGCUGGAGACAACAUCCAAGAUGGAGACCCUCAGUGACACUCCAAUCAAGUGCCAGGACAUCUUUAAACCCUUACCUGGCCAAGACAAACACAUCAGAGUCGUUGUGACGCAGGGCGUUGCUGGGAUUGGAAAAACCUUCUCAGUGCAGAAGUUCACUCUGGACUGGGCAGAGGGCUUGGAAAACCAACAUGUCAGUCUUGUGGUUCUGCUUUCGUUCCGGGAGCUGAACUUGAUCAAAGAUGAGCGCUACAGUCUUCUCCAGCUGCUCCGUGUUUUCCAUCCAACAUUACAGACGGUCACAGCAGAGAAGCUCGCCCUCUGUAAAGUCGUGUUCAUCUUUGACGGCCUGGAUGAAAGCAGGUUUUUAUUGGAUUUCCAGAACAAUGAGGUCAUGUCUGAUGUCACAUGGACAUCAUCAGUAAAGGUGCUGUUGACAAACCUCAUCAAGGGGAAUCUGCUUCCUUCGGCUCUCCUCUGGAUAACUUCCAGACCUGCGGCAGCCAAUCAGAUCCCUCCUACAUGUGUCGACAGGGUAACAGAAGUCCGAGGGUUCACUGACCUCCAGAAGGAGGAGUACUUCAGCAGGAGAUCCGGUGAUGAGGAGCUGUGCAGCAGAAUCAUCUCACACAUCAAGGCGUCCAGGAGCCUCCACAUCAUGUGCCACAUCCCAGUUUUCUGCUGGAUCACUGCCACAGUUCUGGAGCACAUGUUGACUACAGACCAGAGAGGAGAGCUGCCCAAGAGCCUGACUGAGAUGUACUCACACUUCCUGCUGGUUCAGACACAGAGGAAGAAGCACAAGUACAAUGAGAGACAUGACAGGAGUCAGCAGGAGCUGAUGGAGACUGACAGGGAAGUUCUUCUGAAGCUGGGCAGGCUGGCGUUUGAACAUCUGGAGAAAGGCAACCUGAUGUUCUACCAAGAAGACCUGGAGGAGUGUGGUCUUGAUGUCAGAGAGGCCUCGGUGUACUCAGGAGUGUGCACAGAGAUCUUCAAAACCGAGUGUGUGCUCCACCAGAAAAAAGUCUACUGCUUUGUUCAUCUGAGCAUUCAGGAGUUUCUCGCUGCAGUCUACAUCUUCCACUGCUACAUCAACAGGAACACAGAGGUACUGGCCAGAGUCAUGAGAACACGCAAGAAUAAAGGUGUUGACAAAAAGCCAUCGCUGGAUAUCUUCCUGAAGACAGUCAUGUCCCAAGCCCUGGACAGUAAAAAUGGUCACCUGGACCUCUUUGUCCGUUUCCUUCAUGGCCUCUCACUGGAGUCCAACCAGAGGCUCUUAGGAGGUCUGCUGGGUCAGACAGAGAGCAGACCAGAAGACAUCCAGGGAGUCAUCAAAAACCUGAAGAAGAUGAACACCUUCAGUGUCUCAGCUGACAGAAGCAUCAACAUCUUCCACUGUUUGAUGGAGAUGAACGACCUCUCAGUACAUCAGGAUAUCCAAGAGUUCCUGAAGUCAGAGAACAGAUCAGAGAAGGAACUCUCUGAGAUCCACUGCUCAGCUCUGGCCUACAUGCUGCAGAUGUCAGAGGAGGUUCUGGAUGAGUUGGACCUGAAGGCCUACAACACAUCAGAUGAGGGACGACGGAGACUGAUCCCAGCUGUGAGGAACUGCAGGAAGGCUCGACUUUCUGGCUGUGGACUCUCAGAGACUCACUGCGACACCGUGGCCUUGGCUUUGAAGUCCAACUCACAAUAUCCAGAACAUGGAAAUUAUAGCUGCAUAUUUUAUUCUUUAUUCAGAUUGAGUGACUGCAGGUUGACAGAGAGCAGCUGUGCUUCUCUGGCCUCGGCUCUGAAGUCCAACCCCCAUCUGACAGAGCUGGACCUGAGUGAGAACCAGCUGCAGGAUUCAGGAGUGGAGCUGCUGUCUGCUGGACUGGAGAGUCCAAACUGCAGACUGGAG